UGCGUGUUUGCGUAUGCGGAAGCAACGGUCAGGGAACAGUAGAAUCGACAGACUGGCGCUCAAGGCUGGACACAACAAACCGAUUCGUGUGUAGAAUCGUAUUUUUUUUACCGGCUACUGCGAGACCGGGUGGUGGCGGAUGGUAGAGGGGGCCAAGUGAGGGAUUCGGAUACGAUGAACGACGCCAAGAAAGACGGGAGUAUGGCUGCAGGAAGAAUCAGAGGACCGGGUGAGCUGCAAAUGGCCCCCUCUGUUAACCACAACCAGAAUGAUAGCGGCGCCGGUGAUGAGCUGGUGAGCUCGGUGACGCUGUACAGACGGAGGCCCCGGCUGCUACAUGGCACUGUCCUCCCGUUUCUGGCUUUUCUCUACCCUGGUUGGGUGUACGUGUGGUUAGGGGUGUACGGUGCCUCCGAGUAUCCAGAGGCAGGCCUCCUUGCGUUAGCCGCUAUCGGGAUCGCGCACGUCCUCACGGCACUCUCUGGCUACUGGUCCGUGCACGCGCAUUGCUGGCUCACUUGUUCCAAGGAGCCAGACCCCAACCUGGCUACGCUGGCAAAGGUCAUUCCAACCCCCAACAAUGGUUCUGCUGAGCUUGUCACACUACAGAGGGAACAGGAUGAGAAUGGGGAAAAGAUCUUAUAUUUUGAGUUUCAAAAGAUCCGUUACAUCUUUGACUACAAAGAGAAGAAAUGUUUCCUUCCGGUGGCAUUCCCCAUGAACUACCCAAUGGGCUAUUUCCAGUCAUGGCGCGGAUACCAGGAAGAAACGGAGCUCAGAGUUGCAGAAAAGCGAUAUGGCACCAAUCGUGCAGAGAUGGUGGUGCCAGAUUUUCUGGAGCUCUUCAGAGAGAGGGCAACAGCUCCUUUUUUUGUCUUCCAGGUGUUCUGUGUGGGGCUGUGGUGUCUAGACGAAUACUGGUACUACAGCGUUUUUACUCUGUUCAUGCUGGUUGCAUUUGAGGCCUCCCUGGUCCAACAGCAAAUGAGAAAUAUGUCAGAGAUACGCCGCAUGGGGAACAAGCCCUACAUGAUCCAGGUGUAUCGCAACAGGAAAUGGAGGCCUAUUUCUAGUGAUGAACUAGUUCCUGGAGAUAUUGUCUCUAUUGGACGCUCACCCCAGGAUAACUUGGUACCCUGUGAUGUGCUGCUACUAAGGGGCCGCUGCAUUGUGGAUGAGGCCAUGCUGACUGGAGAGUCUGUUCCACAGAUGAAGGAGCCAGUAGAGGACUUGGAUCCAGAGCGAAUUCUGGACCUUCAGACAGACUCUCGCCUGCACGUCAUUUCAGGUGGAACAAAAGUGGUCCAGCAUACUCCUCCUUUAAAGGCCACUGCUGGACUCAAACCUGUAGACAAUGGCUGUGUGGCCUAUGUACUGAGAACAGGAUUCUAUACCUCUCAGGGUAAACUGUUAAGGACCAUUCUCUUCGGUGUAAAAAGAGUGACGGCAAACAAUCUGGAGACUUUUAUCUUCAUUCUCUUCCUCCUGGUGUUUGCCAUUGCUGCUGCUGCAUAUGUGUGGGUAGAAGGAACCAAGGAUCUCACGAGAAAUCGCUACAAGUUGUUUUUGGAGUGCACACUCAUUCUCACUUCGGUGGUUCCACCAGAGCUACCAAUAGAGCUUUCUUUAGCAGUUAACACAUCUCUCAUUGCCCUGGCUAAACUUUAUGUAUUCUGCACAGAGCCCUUCAGGAUACCAUUUGCAGGGAAAGUAGAGAUUUGCUGUUUUGACAAAACAGGAACUCUGACGAGUGACAGCCUGGUGGUUCGAGGGGUAGCGGGCCUCAGAGAGGGAAAGGAGGUGAUGCCUGUCUCGGAGAUCCCUGUUGAGACGCAUAGGGUAGUGGCUACGUGUCACUCACUGGUUACUCUGGAUGAUGGGCAACUGGUGGGAGAUCCGUUAGAGAAGGCCAUGCUGACUGCUGCUGACUGGACACUUACCAAAGACGAAAAGGUGUUCCCACGAGGCAUCAAAACACAGGGACUCAAAAUUCACCAGCGUUUCCAUUUUGCCAGCGCUCUGAAAAGGAUGUCUGUCUUGGCCUCUUACGAGAAGCUCGGGUCCACCGAACUUUGCUAUAUCUCCACCGUCAAGGGUGCCCCAGAGACACUCAGAGGAAUGUUUACAGAAUGUCCAGGAAAUUAUGACCAAGUCCACAGAGAAAUGUCAAGGGAAGGAGCAAGAGUCCUGGCUUUAGGUUACAAAGAAAUUGGACACCUCAGUCAUCAACAGGUCCGGGAGAUGAGCCGCGAUGCGUUGGAGUGCGAUCUUCAGUUUGCUGGUUUCAUGGUCGUUUCUUGUCCACUCAAGAAUGACAGCAAGGCAGUGAUCAAAGAGAUCCAAGAAGCAUCUCAUCAUGUGGUGAUGAUCACAGGAGACAACCCUCUAACUGCGUGCCAUGUUGCAAGAGAGCUCCACUUUAUCCAGAAAGAGCAUACGCUUAUAUUGCAGCCAAGCCCUAAUCAGGGUCAGUGGCACUGGGAAUCUAUUGAUGGCACAGUAUCUGUUGAACUGCCUCCUCCUUCAGUUUCUUCGUUUGUGCAUCAGUUUGACCUGUGUGUAACAGGAGAAGGCCUGGCCAGGUUGGGCUAUGAUCCCCACCUACUCCACAUGCUGUUACCACACAUACAAGUAUUUGCUCGAGUCAGUCCAAAACAGAAGGAAUUUGUAAUCACCAGUCUGAAGGGGCUCGGCUAUGUGACGUUGAUGUGUGGUGACGGCACAAAUGAUGUAGGGGCUCUUAAACAUGCUCACAUUGGGGUAGCCCUCUUGGCCAAUGCCCCUGAGCGGUUGCCUGAAAAAAAGAAGCGCAGAGACAAGGAGGUGGCAACCUUAGACUCCAGGCCUGCACCACCUGUUAGUUCUGGUGUUAAGCUGAGCUCAAGGGGAGCCAGACAUCGGGUCAUGGCCCAGAGAGAGGAGCAACUUGCGGCACAAAAGGAAAGGAUCAGUCAAGUCCUACGAGAGCUUGAAGAGGAUCAGAUACAAGUUGUCAAGCUUGGUGACGCAUCCAUUGCUGCCCCCUUCACUUCAAAACUCUCCUCCAUUCAGUGCAUUUGCCAUGUAAUAAAACAAGGUCGCUGCACUCUGGUGACAACACUCCAGAUGUUCAAGAUUCUUGCUCUGAAUGCGCUAGUGCUGGCCUACAGUCAGUCUGUUCUCUACCUCGAAGGAGUCAAAUUCAGUGAUUUCCAGGCGACUCUGCAAGGCUUGCUUUUGGCUGGAUGCUUUCUCUUUAUAUCUAGAUCAAAGCCUCUGAAAACGUUAUCUCGAGAACGGCCCUUACCAAACAUCUUCAACCUGUAUACAGUGUUGACUGUGCUGCUGCAGUUCGCUGUUCACUUCUGUAGUCUUGUGUACCUUUAUAAAGAAGCACAAAGCAGAAGUCCACCAAGAGAGGAGCAGUUUGUAGAUCUGUAUAAAGAAUUUGAGCCCAGUCUAAUUAACAGCACUGUGUAUAUAAUGUCCAUGGCCAUGCAGAUGGCCACCUUUGCCAUUAACUACAAGGGUCACCCAUUCAUGGAAUCUCUCAGUGAAAAUCGACCACUACUGUGGAGCAUCGCACUUUCAGGUUUAGCGAUCGUUGGACUUCUUUCUGGUUCUUCUCCAGAAUUCAAUGAACAGUUUGCCCUCGUAGACAUCCCGACUGAGUUCAAGUUAAUAAUUGCCCAGGUUCUGGUGGUGGACUUUGUUGCUGCUCUCCUUGUGGACCGUGUCCUGCAGUUCUUCCUGGGCAAAGGAACUCUCAGGCUGCCUUCUUGAACUCAGUGCCAACAGCAAAUGCUGCCCUUAAUAACCAAACUGUAAAGGGACAGAAGACUUUGGAAGAGGAAGAAUAUUACAGCUGUUGUUCCAAACACAAGACAGCUGAGAUAGUCAUGGCAUGUAGGACUGUUCACUCUGUGUAUCCCUUUUUUUGCCCUACUCUUCUCCUCCUAAACUCUGUGGGUCUGUUUUUUUUCCCGAUUUGCUUUGUUUUAACUCUCAUGUUUUUUUAUUACUGUCCAUUUUUCUACAUUUCUCCUUUGUUUUUCCCCUCCCCACUCGUGCGAAAGGCCAUGAAGACAGCAGUAUUGAGUGGAGUUUCCGAUUGUGCUAGCCAGAGUGAAAUCUACAGGCACAAAAAGGGCAUUCUCUGAGAGAAUUGCAAUAGUGUUUUUGGAUUUUUUUCCCCCUCCCUUGUUUUUGUAAAAAGUGAAAAAGAAAUUUAACAGACUUAUAAAGAUUUAAACUUAAAAAUUAUUCACUUUGUCUUUAUGUGAUUUUAUUUUCUUGUGAGAAUGCAAGGGUGUCAUAUUGGUGAUAAUCCUUCCUUUUCCUGGGAAAUGGUGAGUUUGGGAUGAUUGAGAUAAGAGAAUACAAUGUAAAUUUACGUGGAAAAAUGAUUAUUUGUCAAACUGUCUAUAUCAUGGGAGGCACCAUUCUGACCAAAAGAUAUGCUAAUAUUUCUUUAAGCAUGAGGGAUCUGAAUUGUCAGAAGCUUCUAAAUUAUGAAAGCUUCCAAUGCAGAUUCCAAACUUUUCUGUAACAAGAAAUGCAUAUUUUAGCUGUAAAAAGUUUUUACUUGUAUAUUUAUUGUAUAAAAACUGGAAACAUUUACUAGCAAGUGAGUCAAAUUAAACUUUGGAGAAUUUGGAUCAAAAGUAGUAAAACAGAAUAAUAAUGAGGGAAUUCUUGUUGGAUGCAUAUGAUUGGUUUAUACCACUGGACUAAGGGCAGCUAUUAACAAAAUCUUUAUCAGUUUUAAAUAAUUAUACUUGUAUUAAUUGGUCAUUUUUGGAGUUAUGUAAAUUCGUUGAAUAGUGUAUGCUAGUGUUUUGGUGCCAUAACUAGACAUUAAGGGAUAUAUUUUAAAUUAUUAUUUUAAUAUACAGUCAUAUUCAAUAAAUUAGAAUAUAAUUGAAAAGUUAAUUUACCAUAUUCACAAAGGAAAACACAUAGAAUAACAUAGAAUGAUGUUUUAAAGCCAUCUGUCAAUUAUUAUUAUUUUUUUUAUCCCACUUCCAUCUAAUGAAAAUACACCGUUUAGGAUUAAAAUAUUGCAUCAGACCAAAAAAAAAGCAGCAUUUUUAUGUUGAAAUAGGGGCUUAGAGAAAAAGUAUGUUUAUUACAGACUUUAAGGUUGUUGUUUUUUUUCAAAAGGUACUUUUAAUCUGACAAACACACCUCUUAAAAAUGCAAAUUCUAAUCUAUUGAAUAUUACUGUAUUUUAAAGAUACCUAAUCAUUGGGUAAACUUGAAAAGUAUUGGCACCAUCCAAAUUCAGAGAGCAAAACAGAAUACCAUCUUGGUUUAAUCUUCACAAUUUUACAUAUUGGCAAAGAAGUUUAAAAAGGGUGUAAAUUUUCCUUACUUGAAACAAACGCAGAAAGAAGUUCCAAGAAGACUUCACGGAGGGAAGAAUAACUAAGGGUUCUGCCAACAUAGUUAAAUAUAAUGAAACUGAUGAAAAACAGGAGUGUAAAGCAAAAAGGAACUUGAGGGUAUCUAUGUCGUAAGAUUAUUUGGCAUGCAAAAUUUGGCUAAAAUCUUCUAAAACCCUGCAGUUGAGUGUUUUAUGAUGAAACUAACUUGACGAUUUGGGAAAAAGUUCACGCCACAGUGAAACAUGGCGUGGGCAAGACUAUGCUCAUGGAGUUCCAUUUCAUCAAAUUGGAAGUGGGGCUUUUGAUAAGGUGGACUAAAUUAAGAGCAGUUCCUAAUAUCAGUCAGAUCUUAUUCAAAACUUUUCAGUGUCUGUUGUAAAGAUAAAGAUGGAUCGUAUUUUUCAGCGUCAGUGAUUUCAGGCAUAUAAGAAGAUGAAUAAAGUAACACCUUCACAAAAUAAAAUAAGCCAGAGUCCACAACAAAUUUUGACAAAUAGUUUGCGGGCUCACAUAAGGACUAUGGAAAAGAUUUGGAGAACCUUUCCAAGAUAAAGUGCGGAGAUGUUGCAGAGUCCAGAUGUGGCAUGGUGACAAAUACCAGCUCAACCUAUAUAGGUGCUUCAACAAUAUUACUUUCAUCUGUUGUGUGUACAUUUUAUGUGUGUAAAAUAAAUCUCAAAUCAUGUGUGGAAAAUGUUUUGAAAA